CCAUACACAGAAACCGACGAGAAGAAUCUCUUGAGAAAAACCAGAAGAUUAGAGAGUUUCGUACGACUUGAGCCUGUGGAUUUAAAGAAACGCAUAGAGGAAUAUGUCGAGAGAGAAGACUACAACUCUCACUUGGUAGCAACCGAAGAAGAACAAUCGGAAAGCCGAGCACACCGUUUGUUUGCUCUAGUGAAGUCUAGAUUAUUUGAGGAACCAAGUCAUUUGCUUGCAUCUCAGAAGGUAGACAGUCUCUUGCUAGAUUUUUUCAAAAAAGGGCAUAAUAAUGAGACAAGAGACGAGGAUAAGUUGGUGAUGACAGUUGAAGAAUGGGUGUUGAGGAGAAAAGAAGAAGAAUGUAUGUUUAUGAGUUGGGAAGUGAGAGAAAAGAGAGAGAUUUAUGUAAAGGAAAUGAAAUGGGGUUGUAUCAAUGGUGAAGAGAGAGAUUAUGUGGUUGAAGAGUUGGGGAAUGAUUUCGUCACUGUCUUGAUUGAUGAACUUAUUCUUGGUUUAUCAUUAUGA